AUGCCAUACCUGGGUGUGGACGAUGGAAAGUGGGACAUGUACUUGUCUGAAAUCACUUUUGCUCUAAAUUCAAGUGCUCAUGCGUCGACGGGCUAUAGCCCGGCCUUUAUAAACUUUGGCCGCGAAUUAAGGCAGCCAAACACAUUGAGGUCUGACUCAAAAGAGAUGGGUCAUUAUUCGGAUCCCACUACUUGGCAAAGGUCUUUAUGUGCUUUACAGGAGAUUCGUCUACUAGUAGAGAAGAACCUGUCAACAGCCAGCAAGAGGCAAUUCCGCUACUACAAUCUCAGGAGGCGCCCCGUCAAAUAUGAUGUUGGAGACUGGGUAAUGAGGCGAGCCCAUCAUCUGUCGUCUGCCGGGAACAAGUUCGCAGCGAAACUUGCUUCAAGAUUUGAGGGUCCCUUCAUUAACACGAAGAUGAUCAGUAACAACGUCUACGAGUUGGGUACUACCGACGGCAAGAAAGCCAGCCACUGUCACGUAGCUCAGUUGAAGCCGUACCAUUCCACCGAAGUACUACCCCUCAAGGCCACCACACCUUCUGCAAUCCCUCCUACAAGAUCUUCCUGA